CCGAAAGUCCAUUUCUUUCCAGAAACUUCCAUCAUUUCUUCUUAUAAAUAUACAAACCACCUCCUUCAAUUUCAUCACAAGCAAUUCAUAAGCUGCAUUUUCUCUGAAAAGAAAAACAAAAGUUUCUACAAACUCAAUUGUUUCAUCGAUAUGGAUUUCAGGAUCAGGGGUUUCGAUGCUCCCAUCUUGACGACUCUGCAACACAUGGACGUGGCCGAUCAUGACGCCGACAAGUCGUCCAACGCUCCGACGCGGACCUACGUGAGGGAUGCCAAGGCAAUGGCGGCGACUCCGGCUGACGUGAAGGAGUAUCCGAACUCGUACGUGUUCAUAGUGGACAUGCCGGGGUUGAAGUCAGGAGACAUCAAGGUGCAUGUGGAGGACGACAAUGUGCUGCUCAUAAGCGGAGAGAGGAAACGGGAGGAAGAGAAAGAAGGGGCUAAGUAUGUGAGAAUGGAGAGGAGGGUCGGCAAGUUUAUGAGGAAGUUCGUGCUGCCUGAGAAUGCUAAUACUAACGCUAUUGAGGCCGUUUGUCAGGACGGAGUGUUGACUGUUACCGUGGAAAAGUUGCCGCCUCCCGAACCGAAGAAGCCGAAGACUAUUGAAGUUAAGAUUGCUUGAAGAUUUUGAAGUGGGCGUGCUUUAAUUUCAUGGCAAUAACAUAUAAUCAUGUGCUUAAUUUUGUGAUGCUUCCGUUUUUUUUCUUCUUGUGUUUUGAGUUCAUGAUUCUCUUGGAAUCCAGUGAGGGUUUUCUUAUGGAUGUGUGUAGUAAAUAUUAUCAAUGAAGCCUUUAUUUUGGAAUAAUUCUUUUAUAGAACUUUUCUGCUUCCAAGUUUGCCUCUUUACUUCCUUGAAACCCACUCAAUUUGAAGAAGGUUCAUUCAAAGCUU